AUGGCUGCGGCAACACUCGCUGCAGAGUCCACAUCGCAGUGGUUGUUCCCUGUGUCUGCACUCUAUCAAACGCCCAGUCGCGUCGCGUCUAACAUUCCGCUCGAGAAGGAGCUCUACGACCGCAGUCGAGGUGUCGAGUUCCUCUACCGCCUGGGUGUUUCUCUCCUCCUGCCAUCCUCUGCCAUGUACACUGCCGCCACAUGGUUUCAUCGUUUCUAUAUGCGGUAUUCAAUGGACGAUUACCAUCGACAGGACGUCGCCGCGACGUGCAUAUUCCUCGCAACCAAAACAGAGGAGUGCGGCCGGAAGCUUCGCGAUGUCGCCAAGGUUUUCUGUUCCAAGGUGUCCAAUCAACACAUCAACCAGGUAGCAGAUGACAGCAAAGAAGUUGAGGAAUGCCAGAAUAGCAUUUUGUUCGUAGAAGAGGUCCUGCUGGAGGGCCUCUGCUUCGAUUUCGUGGUCGACAAUCCCCAAUCGGACCUCAUCGACCUGUAUGCAGCACACCCAGCGAAUACCCCAAUAGAAGACUGCGCCUGGUCCAUCGCCAACGACUCAUUCCGCACACCGCUCUGCAUCCUGUUCCCGCCACGCAUCAUCGCCGCCGCGUGCUACGUCCUCGCCGAGCACGCCGUCGAGGGCCCGCUCGCCGCGCCCAUCGACCCGCGCCUCGCCUCGCCCGCGCCCUCGGCGUCGCUCCCCACCCCGCCCUCGCACAAGGCCUCGCCCGGCGGCCCCCGCCGCGCCAUCGAGUUCUUCAGCUUCUCGCCCGCCGAGCUCGCAAACGUCGCCGACGCGAUCGGAAUCCUGCUCGAGUACUACGGCGCGCAGGACCAGCGCGGCUCGGGCGACUGGCUCGCCUCGGUCGCCUCGAUUCGCCCGCCGCAGAGCGCCGCCCGCCGGGAGGCGCUCUACAAGCCGUUCGUGCAGGUCACACAGUUGGCGGGGUCCUCGCUGAACGCGCCUCCACCGCCGCGGUGA